UUCUGGGCCAGAGAGCCAAGUAGCGGUUUCUGUAAUAAUUCAUUAAAAUUGUGAUGACAAAAUCAGGCUUAUUAUCUUGAACUUGAACUUCAGUUAUAUUUGUAGACGCGCAGCCACACCACUUGUAUUUGUAUGAUGCACGGUUUUUCUCUAAGUACGACUAGUUACAGUGCAUUAGCUUGAAUGUGCAAUAAUAUGAUACUGAAAAUUUUAUUUGCUUUUGCCAUUGGUGCAUGUGCAACAAAAGGAAGCAAUAUUAGACCCCACAUAAUCUUCAUUGUCGCUGAUGAUUUGGGAUGGAAUGACGUGGGGUUCCAUGGAUCUAGCGAAAUACCGACGCCCAAUAUCGACGCCCUGGCCUACUCGGGGUUAAUUCUCAACAACUAUUACGUGACACCGAUAUGCACGCCCUCCAGAAGUGCCUUGAUGACCGGAAAGUACCCCAUCCACACAGGAAUGCAACACACCGUUUUGUAUGGGGCAGAACCAAGAGGAUUACCCCUAACGGAGAAGCUGUUGCCCCAGUAUUUGGGGGAGUUGGGAUACGUGAAUCACAUCGUAGGAAAAUGGCAUUUGGGGUCGUAUAAAAAGGAGUACACACCUUUGUACAGAGGAUUCAGGUCUCAUUUAGGAUACUGGACAGGCCACCACGAUUACAACGACCACACGGCAGUGGAAAAUCCUGGUUGGGGUUUGGACAUCAGAAGAAACAUGGACAUUGCCUACGACUUGCACGGAGAGUACUCCACAGACAUUUUUACACGUGAAUCAGUGAGACUGAUCAAGGACCACAACACCAGUACGCCCUUAUUUCUUUAUAUAGCACACGCUGCUGUACACUCUGCGAAUCCUUACAACCCUUUACCGGCACCAGACUCCGAAGUUCAAAAAUUUACGUAUAUUAAAGACUACAAUCGGCAAAGGUUUGCAGGGGUUCUGAGUAAAUUGGACUACUCUGUCGGAGAGGUUGUUAAAGCACUAAAAAAUAGAAAUAUGUUGGAGAACAGCAUAAUAGUCUUCACCACGGACAAUGGAGGCCCCGCAGCUGGAUUCAAUUUGAACGCUGCCUCAAACUACCCUCUUAGAGGGGUGAAGAACACUCUUUGGGAGGGAGGCAUUCGAGGAGCUGGCUUGAUAUGGAGUCCCCUAAUCAAAAAACCUUUCAGAGUGUCCAACCAAACCAUGCACGUAUCGGAUUGGCUACCCACCCUUCUUGAAGCAGCAGGAUAUUCCAGCUCCAUUCCUAAAAUAGACGGCCUCAAUGUAUGGAAAGCUUUGUCAGAAGAUUCAAAAUCCUCUAGAACUGAAAUUCUACAUAACAUUGACGACAUUUAUGGCAAUGCCGCUUUGACUGUAGGUUCAUGGAAGAUUGUUAAAGGUACCACCUACAGUGGCAGCUGGGACAGUUGGUACGGACCAAGCGGUAGAAAUUACAAUUAUAAUAUAUCCUCGCUUCAAGCCAGUCCCGCUGGCGUUGCUUUAAAGUCGCUUGGAAAAUUAGCUUCUCCUAAGCAAAUUGAACAACUCAGGCUUCAAGCAGAUGUAAAAUGCUCCACCCUGCCUUCUGUGGAAUGCAAGCCGUUGCAGUCGCCAUGUCUCUUCAAUAUCUUGCAGGAUCCUUGUGAAAUAAGGAAUCUAGCUCAGGAGUAUCCUCAAAUACUUACCAAUUUAGAGAAUAUUUUGACUGAAUACAACAAAACUGCUAUUCCACCAGGUAAUUUACCUUUAGAUUUACGGGGUGACCCGAAAUAUUGGAAUUAUGUGUUUACAAAUUUUGGAGAUUAUAUUUAAAGUAUGAAUAAAAUGUAUAUAGUUAUCUAAA